AUGGCCGAGAACAUCUACGACGAGAUAGAAAUCGAAGACAUGACCUACGAUGCCGCCAUCGGCAUUUACCACUACCCAUGUCCCUGCGGCGACCGUUUCCAGAUUGCAUUGGCCGACCUGCGGGACGAGGAAGACAUAGCGGUUUGCCCGAGCUGUAGUUUAAUGAUCCGAGUGAUAUUCGAGGUGGAUGAUCUUCCCAAACCCGCGGAUGAAGAGGCCAAGGAGCCGGCUGCUGCCGUGGCCGUUGCGGCAUGA